AUGGACGCAAACGCCCAACUCAACCCUCAGGCCCGGCUGGCACUAGAGCGAGUAUCGCGGCUGGAAGUAAUAACAAAGGAAAAUGUCUCGAGAAAGUGGGAGCUAGAGUACCAAUGCAACGACCUGAAAGACAAAGUCCGCAGAUUGGAGGCACAACUUCGGGAUAGUAUACCUCUUAGCGAUCCCAACAACAUGAACCCAGCCAUGAUACCCGCAACAGUACUGGAGGUUAGCCUGCAACACAAGAUUGCAGAACUUGGAAGCAAAAUCAAGAAGGUGGAGCAGCGACUUGGCGCGGAGAUAUCUCACAACUGGGAGUUGACAUAUCAAUGCGAGGAUCAAAAGGAGGAGAUAUCGCGGCUGCGGAAUCAGUUGAGGAAGUACAUCCAGGUGGAUGACACUGAGUUCACCUUCUUGUCAUCCCCGACAGCCUUGGAAAAGCUACUGGAGGAGAGAAUCCGGGAAUUGGAGGGUGGGAUAAGGUACCGGACAGGCCGAACCCGAUCAAAGUCGUUCUGA